UGGGACGGGUUGUGAAGUUGGACGCGGCGCGGAAAGUCGGCCCGCGCGGCGGGGCGGCGCUGAUUGGUCGGCAGUAAGCGCCGGACCCCGGAGAGAACCGCGAGCAGCGGCUCCUGAGCCAAUCGGCGCGGCCGGCUCGUGGUGCCGGGCCCGGGCCCUGAGGAGGCUCCGCCGGGCGGGGAGGGGCAGUAGGUGCAGCCAUGCAAGAAAGCAUACGUUUUGCUUCAUCAGGGGAUGACAUUAAGAUAUGGGAUUCCUCAUCUCUGACUGUGGUGGAGCAGUUCAACCCACAUACGUCUCCGCAUCCCGUCAGCUCUCUGUGCUGGGCCAGCAAUAAUAGCUUCCUGGUCAGUGCUUCAGCUGCUGGGGAUAAAAUCGCUGUGUCAAGCUGCAAAAGUAAACCUGUUCCACUUUUUGAAGUAGCUGAAGGAGCGAAACAGACGUGUGUGAGCUUAAGUUCCAGUUCUUUGUAUGUUGCCAGUGGGGGCCUUGAUAGCACCGUUCAUAUCUGGGAUCUCAAAUCCAGAAGGGUUCACCGUAGCCUUAAGGAUCAUAAAGAUGAAGUUACAUGUGUUGCAUAUAAUUGGAACGAUUGCUACAUUGCUUCUGGAUCUUUGAGUGGUGAAAUAAUCCUACACAGCGUUACCACCAAUUUAUCCAGUGCUCCCUUUGGUUAUAACAGCAGUCAGCCUAUUCGACAUCUGAAAUACUCCUCCUUUAAGAAGUCCUUAUUGGGCAGUGUUUCUGACAGUGGGAAUGUAACUCUGUGGGAUGUAAAUACUCAGAACCCGUAUCGUAAUUUUGAAAACACCCAUAAAGCACCAGCUUCAGAAAUCUGCUUUUCUCCAGUAAAUGAGUUGCUCCUUGUAACUGUAGGUUUGGAUAAAAGAAUUAAUCUCUAUGACACUUCAAGUAAAAAAUUACUGACAACAAUAGUAGCAGAUCAUCCUCUGACAACAGUGAACUUCAUGCCUGAUGGUACUACUUUGACUAUAGGAAGUUCCCGGGGAAAAAUCUGCCAGUAUGACUUGAGGAAACUGACAUCACCAGUGAAAACAGUUAUUGCUCACAAAGGCUGCGUGACAUGCAUACGUCUUCAGUUCAGUAGCACUUUUUCCAAGGCUAGCCUUAAGGGUUCCUCAAGUAAACCUGUACCCAAAAGAACAGAAGUCAAAGCUGGUAGUAAUCUUGCAGGAAUUCCAAAUACUGGCAUCAGAAAUCUAGCUUCUCAGGCAUCAGCAGCUAUUUCCUCCCAUCUGACACUGACAAAUGAGAGUAAAGGGGGAGAGGUUCUUCAGGAUAAAACAGGCCUUCCCCAUAGCUGCAGCCUGGAUGUGAUUCCAUCGAAAGAAACAGAUAAUGGGAAAAGUGCAGAUUUAAAUAAUUUCGAUGACUUGGGUCGAAGUAGUUUAGGAGAUGUGUUUUCUCCUGUCAGAGAUGAUAUUAUUGCAUCUAAAGCAAAUGAAGAUCCUCCAGGAAAAGGAGAGGAUAAAGAUGUUUUCAGUCUGGAUUUUCAGUCCUACCUUUCAGGUUUGGAUUUUCUCCCACAGCUCACCACAGGCUUUCCAGUAAAAAGAAACCCAGUGGGCAGUAGCACGCAAGGGAUACGGUCUAGCCCAUUGCAUGCACUAGUGGGAUCUCCAAUUAAAGAAGAAGAAGAACAUCCAGAGACUGACAUUAAAAAAAUGAAUCUUGGAAAACAAGAAACUAAAGAAUCCUUAAAGCAGCUUUCAAAGUUGAGCUCAGUCAAUGCAGAAUCUGGAGCUUUAAGUCCUCCUCCACCAGCAUCCACUGCUAUCAAGAGUCUUGAAACAAAUGAGCGACUGGUGAAGAAUAUUCAGGCCCACCCUGCAUAUGAUCUGGCAGUAAAUGGUACUACCUCAACAAGUCCAAAGAUAACUUCACCUGUCACUACUGGAGUUGCCAACUCACUGUCAGAGAAAAUAGUAGAAACCAUUGGGAGUAGCAGACUAAAUGCACCUCUGACUUCAAUCCAAAUAAACUUCAUUCAGAAUAUGAUACAAGAAACACUGGAUGACUUCAGAGAAGCAUGCCAUCGAGAUAUUGUGAAUUUGCAGGUGGAGAUGAUCAAACAAUUCCAUAUGCAGUUGAAUGAAAUGCACGCCUUACUUGAAAGAUAUUCUGUAAAUGAAAGCUUGGUAGCUGAAAUUGAGAGACUACGAGAGGAAAACAAAAGACUGAGGACUCACUUCUGAAAGAUUCCCACCGCUAACUUUGUUAGCAUGAACUUGCUGCGUGUGGUGCGUUGCUUGUGACAGGUCGUCCAUCAUCACUGAAGCACUGUGGGAAGACCUGCUAUUAUCUUGAACGUGAAUCUUUUCUAAAUGGUGUCAGAUACUGUAUGAAAUGAUAAGAUUUUUAACAGAUAAAUACCGCAUAAAGAAAGUUUGCCUAGGCAUGCUUACAAUCUUGAAAUACAUCCUUCGAAUAGAGAAGCUGAAAGGAUAACUACUUUAUCAGAGUUUUAGUGAUACGUGAAGUGCCUUUUUAUAAGCAAAACCAAAAUAGGACAGAUGCUUUUUGUAUAAGAAUUUUUUGAUAUACCGACUUUUCUAUCUGUUCCUGUAUUUUAUAGCUGUCAGAAACAAUCACUGUAGCUUGCCUUUCAGCUAUUUUUCUUGCAGAAGGAGAGAGAAGGCUCAUCUUCCACGUGACACGGAGCCUGCAGUAUUUAGCUAAUCUUAUUCAGCUGGCAACUCUUCGGUCCUAAGUAAAAACUAAGUUUCAACAUAUUCCCAAAUUCAGUGCUCAUCACCUUGCUUGUUGUGUGUGUAACUCUGAAACCUGUCUGCCAUGAACUUUGUUGUUGCAAACACUACUUCAACUGCAUAGUGUUGUUUUUUAGUUGCACGACUUCAGCUGUGAAUCUAGAAACAUGUUUUUACCAACACGUUUGGAUAUUGUCAUGGUUUGCCCAGUUUGAAUGCAGCCUUAGACUUCAAAAAAUAAUUAUAUUCAGCCAUAUAACGUAACACUGUGUGAAUGCUGUCCUUCAGUCUGAUUUAAGCACCUUUGCUCCCCCCCCUCCAGUUCUUUUUAAUGCACAGAGCAGUUAAUAUUGAGCAGUUGCGUUACAGUUUUGACUGUGGUUUAGCAUUGUUGCAGCCUUUUUCUUUGAGGUCAGCUGCAAACCAAACUUAACUAAUGUCUUGGGUGUAUGACUCACAUAACAAAUGGCAUUGAGGAGAAAUUAUUACGUCAGUGUUGUAAUGUUAUCAUAGUUGUGUGUACGUGCACUGAAGCGAAGCUCAGUAUCGAAUCCUGCCUGCUGAAGUUCACGAGAAAUUUACCUUGGCCUGUUUUUUAUAAGCCAAGAGACCAAAUUCAAUUAAAACAUCAAUUUAAUUUCAUUUAAUAAUGGAAUUAAAUUUUUUAGUGUUCAGUUAUAAAUUCCUCUGAAAAGUCUCUUCUGUAGAAGUGCUUUUUGCUAUUUAAAUUGUUCUGAAGGCUUCUUCAUUUUCUCACUAAUAUUUCGUUCUUUUCAUGAAAUCACUAAGUCUCAAGCAAGGGAAGUCUGCAAAUGUGGUGAGUUAAUUAGUUAAAACAUCAAGUGCUUGAAGUCAUGGUGGCACUCUUCCACUAAAUGAGAAAGCCAUAAUAUAUAAUGUAACUUAUUUUUAAAUGUUGUAAAACUAAGGAAAAAAAACAAAGCAAGACUAUAUCUUUUCACUAUCUUAACUUCUUUUUAAAAGUUAAUUUUUAAUGUCAGUUAAUGACAAAUAAAACCUCGUAUCAAAAUGAGGGUGUUCAAGUCAUCUUCAGUAUUGCAGACAAGACUUGGCAUGUCUGCAGUCUUAAUGCUAUUGCCUUUCAUAAACUUCUAAAUGUAUUUCUAUGCCAUAACUUCAUAGUGAAAGGAUGUGGAGUAGAAUAAACUUUUGUUUUUGUAAUUUAAUAAAAUAUAGAGAACAUAAAAAAUAAUUUAUAGGUGAUUUAACUUCAGUCGACCCAUUAACCACAGUUUUUGAAGACAGUAGGAGUUGAAGGUUUCAAAAAUGUUACAGUUUUUCAACAUGUUUUGCAGCAUUAACAAGUAACCUUGCGUAGUUGCAUCUCUUAAUUUGUUCCCCAAGUGCUCUUGCUGGUAUACCCAGAUGACAGCAGGGAAUUAGGUAAGUAUCCAGGGUAUUUGGCUUGUAGAUACUUUGUUUUUGUGACUGAGAACUGGGCAAUAUUUUUCUUAGUUCCCAAACAGACAAAUAUAACAGCAGUGAUUGAAAGGAUACAUUUUGGCCUUUCUCAAUAUUUUAGGACUUUUCCAUAUCUCAGGAUUAGGGUAGCACAAGUGGCCACACAUGCUGCGAGGAGAUACAUUACGCUACCACUAUAGGGGGAUGUUUUGCCUUGUACACAGAUCUGAUUUAUACAUUAAAAUAAAGCUUGUUUUAACUUUUUCAAACAAAAUAUUGUGGCAACCUAUUUUUUAAAGGUGACAAUUUAAUAUUGUAAUCUUGCUACCUCGUUGCAGCCAA